AAUUUUUUUUUUCUGGAGUUAGUUUCAAAAACUCUCUUAUAUUUUGUUAUAGAUUUUGAAAGUUUAAUUUGCUUAUAUUUUUUACGCCAGAGAUAGUUUUACAUCUUAACAAUAUAUUUUGUAUUUUAAACUUGUGCGUAAACAUGACUAGAGGCGCAAAGAAAGUUAAAUCGGCGGUCCUAACACCGACACAGGAAAAAUUGGCAAUUAUCGGAAAGGCGGAAUUUGGCGGCGUCAAGCAGCCACAAAAACGUGCAAAAGUCGGUCGCGGACAGCACAAGCGCGCGGCACGCGCAGUGCGUAAAGCAAUAAAACGUCCCGGUGCCCGUCGCGGUGCUCGUCGCGGUGCUGUUCGUGGCCGAGCAAAUAAGGUGGCGUCUACAGGUAAAAGCAAACGACCAAGAAAACCGCUAAGGCGUCAAGGAAAGCGGAAGAGGACUCGCCGCCGUAUUGUUAAGCGCCGUGCAUCUCCGGUACGUAAAGGAGGUAAGCGAAAAGGAAUGAAUAAGAAUAAGCGGGUUCGCGCCCGUGUUCGAAUACCAAGCGAUACCGACAGUGACAUACGGAUGCCGGAGGUGGCACAGCCUAUAGUGGAUAUACCUCCACCAAAUUUUUUGAUUAGAUUUUGGCAACCAUUUACUUUUUUGGCAGCAUUAACUACUUAUUGGAUUUAUAAUGUUUAGGACAUAAAUUAAUCAAAAUUUAAAAUUUAAAAUUCAAAAUUCG